AUGGGCUGUAGAGGGGUUGUGGUUGACUCGGUUUUGGCUUCCAUUGUUAGAAUGGUUAAUUCCAAAAGGUGUAAGGUUUGGAAAGGUUGGAGGCCAGCUAUCAGGGGAGUUCCAGCGAAUUAUUCGGGAAGACAGAGCGGUAAUCGUCCGAGAAAAGCAUUUUUAUCAAAAGCUUUAAUUGCUCAUCUUAACUAUGGAGGGGUCCCAAACGAAUAUUUUUUGGAACUUCUAAUGAAUGCUUUAGCGGAUGCUAAAAACAUUCACUCCAAUAAACGUGCUGCAUUAAGAGUUGCACUCAAUUAUGGAGAUAUGGAUGACCUUCUUGCAGCAAGGAUGAUUUUAUGUGGAAUUCCCCUAGAUGAACCUUUUUUAUAUCGUCAUUUAUCAGUGCUGGCAAAAGAAGAAAAGAAGGGGCUCAAGGGAGGAAAAAUUCCUAUCAGUGAGUGUUAUAAUGUGAUGGGAACAGCUGAUCCUACUGGGAUUCUGAAGAGGGAUGAAGUUUGUGUCAUUCUUGACAGUGGGCAAAUGGUGGGGACAGUCUUGGUGUACAGGCACCCUGGUCUCCACUUAGGGGAUAUACAUGUCUUAACUGCCACCUAUGUUAAGCAGAUGGAAAACAUUGUUGGAAAUGCCAAAUAUGGUAUUUUCUUUUCUACUCAAGGAUCAAGAUCAGUAGCAGAUGAAAUGGCAGGCGGCGAUUUUGAUGGCGACAUGUAUUGGGUGUCAAGAAACCCUAAGCUACUACACUAUUUCAGACCAAGUGAACCCUGGACAAGUACUUACGCAGCAAAAGGCAUAGGACUCGAGAAACCAACUGAUUUUUCGUCUGAGGAAUUGGAGAGAAAGCUUUUUCAGCAAUUCUUAGAUAUUCGCUUUCAACCGAGUCAUGCUGCUGGUAUAGCAGCAGACAGCUGGUUAUCUUUUAUGGAUCGUCUACUGGUUUUGGGAGAUGAAUGUGUGGAGGAAAAAGAAUGUCUGAAGAAGAAGAUGCUUCAAUUGAUUGAUAUAUAUUAUGAUGCCUUGGAUGCACCAAGGACCGGAAUUAAGGUGGAAAUCCCAAAUGAACUGAAGGCUUCAAAAUUUCCACAUUUCAUGGAAAGGACAAAUGGGUAUACUUCAACUUCUAUAUUGGGGUUGAUUUAUGACAAGGUGGAUUUGUUACAAACUGAAGGUCUUACAUCAACAGAAGUAUGGAAGCUUCCUUGUUUUGAUGUUGUUGUUCCUCCAACCUGCUUGGUUCAAUGGGACAUGCUUUAUCGGCAAUAUAGAAAUGACAUGUGUAAUGCCUUGCAAAAUAAACCCAAAAACUUGUCUGAAUCAGGUCAGAAAAAGCAAAGCUCCAAUUCCGAACUUGCAGAUGAGGUUAUAGAAAAAUAUAAGAAGGAAUUUUAUCAUGCUCCAGAAUUCAGAUCAAGUGCAAGGAAUGAGGAAGAAAUCUUCAAUGAUGCUCUUGCUAUUUACCAUCUAGCUUAUGAUUAUGCAAAGCAAAAGAAUGAUGCUGGUAAGUGUAAGGUCGUUUGGAAAAUUGCUGGUCAAGCUCUUUGUAAGAUUUACCUUAAAAGGCAGAAUGAUGAACCAAUUUUUUGUUCAAAAUCUGUUCUACGCGAGGUCUUGAACUAGCCCUAAUCUUAUCACAUGAAAAUUGUAAAUAUGAAUAUCUCAUCUGAUUGGAAGAUUAGUUUUUCUAUCUUUCUGAGUUCGGUAAUAUUUUAGGCACAAUAUGAAUUUAGUAUUUUGUGUUG